UUGGUUGUUAUCCGGGCCGGGUCUCGACUAGGCUCGGGACCCAGAUCUACCCUGGCCAGUCGCAGCCGGCACAACAUUUCCAGAAUCUUGGACUCCAUUGUAGGAGCUGCGAGAUAUUGUAUUGGCUACGGGCACGAUUCAGAGUGCUCGAGCGAGCGACGUGUUGUUAUAUCUGGACACGGCUGGCGUGCGCAGUGCCGUGAGCGUCACGAGCGGGAGAAGGAGAGGGAAGAUAUGGCAGCGCCCGAGUGCGAGAGGGAGGCACGCAAACGUCGCGAGCGACGCGACUCCGGCUGUGCUCAUGAGCGGAAAGAGCGAAGACCUCACAGCGAGGAGCGGACGCCGCCGCCUCCGCCCCCGCCUCCGCUACACGACUAUAACAGACUUGAGUCGGAACGUCGUGCGGAAAGACUUUCCCGCGCCCGUCGCCCGCAACUCGGCGGCAAACGUCGACGUGGCCCAGCACGUCUGCCGCGUCAACCCAAAGAGAAUGAUUACCACGAUCACGGCCACGAAGACGUUCGUAUCGCCACACCGCCGUUCUUCGACUAUGUCGUGCAACAGAAACCUGAACUAUGUGAAGAAUCCCAGCCGUCGAUGGAGGCAAUAGCAAGCGAACGUCAUGAAGAAGCCGAGUAUACUCGUCGUGAUGAGCGCAGCGAGCCUCCACGACGCGCGCAACCCAGCCCUGAUAGGAGACUUGAGAAGAUUAGCAAAAAGAUCACAGUCCUCAAGAAAAACAUCGCCAAAUACGAGAGCGAAUUCGAAGUUAAGCACGGUUACAGCAUAACUCAAGGGGAUCGUAUGACGGAUGUCCAAUUAACUCGAAUGUACGAAACUUUGAGACAGCUACAAUUGGAGAAGAGAUGUAUAAAAGCUGAUCCCGUGGAGUAUGCUCUGAAAUUACAAGCUGCGAAACAACAGAAGGAAAGAGAUGAUAAACUGAAUGUAGCUCUGAAGAGUGAUAAGCCGAUGGCUGAUGUUGUUGUGGAUAUUGAAGAGUGGGUAGAAGGCUGUAGGCAAGCGGAGGGUAGAGCGUCGAUACCAGAAUCGAGUUGGACCCCAGCGCAAUUGGCAGCGGAGAAGGCUUGUGUCCAACGAGCAUUACUCCGCCUCGAGGCAGCCCGGGGCCGGCCGCCCGCGCACUCCGCUGAAAGGGGCGCAGCCCGACAUCUAUAUGAAAGAUACAGGGCCGUCAAACGAGCACUCGCUACACAUAGACCUGAUUCGAUAAUCGGCGGUACUAACGGCGAGUUGGCUACAAUACACGAACAUGAAACAAUGUUGUUCAACACGAGCGUUGAUAGUUCCAGCGACUCACAAGACAAACCUUCGGAUACAUCACAGGAGAAUGAAGACGCUCUCCAAUCACCUCCAACACGUGAUGGCGAGGAGUUACCGUCAUCAACGUCCUCCGCGCCUUCCGCCACCAGCGAGGAGGCUCCCAACGAGGGUCUACACUGUCUCGGCCUAGAGGAGUUAGGGCGAGCACUCGCUGAAGCCAAGAUGCAGAAAUGUAUUCUUCGAAGAUGUAUUAAAGACUACGAGGUCAACUUUGAACAGCAGAACAGUAGGAAGGUUCAGAGGGACGACAAGAAAACCAAGGAAGAGGAAUAUCAGAAAUACAAGACGAUUAAAGCAAGGAUCAAGUUAUUGAACGCGUUGAUCAAUAAACAGAAAACUUCUGCUUAA